AUGAACCAAGUCGCGCGAGAAUCCUCUCAAUCAACUACUAUGUUCAAAGGCGCAUCCUACACCUAUGGUGGUUCGAAGGAUCAUGGCUUGGAGGCAGCCAGACUGGCAAUCCUCGAUGAGACAAUCCUACCCAGAGACUUGGACCUCGUGACAUGGGAUAGGCCACAGGAUCCAGAGAACCCAAGGAACUGGCCAAACAAUAUCAAAUGGCGAUAUACCGUCGCAGUCUCAACGUUCACAUUCAUCUCACCGGUGUCAUCGAGCAUGAUAGCGCCUGCGCUGCAUAAACUGGGCGCAGGUCUCCACAUGCAGAGCGAGAUUGAGGUCGAGCUCUCGUUGUCAAUCUUUAUCCUGGCUUACACCGUCGGUCCGCUGUUCUUCGGUCCUGCCUCUGAGGUUUACGGUCGCGUACGCUUGUUGCAGAUUAGCAAUCUAUGGUAUCUUGCGUGGAACCUUGGAUGUGGCUUCGCCCAGAGCCCGGCGGAGCUGUUUGUGUUCCGGUUUCUGGCUGGAAUUGGAGGAAGUGCCCCCGUGGCGUUGGGAGGAGGAGCUAUUAGUGAUAUUUGGGACGCAGAGGAACGUGGAAAGGCCAUGGGUAUCUACACUCUUGCACCGGUUCUUGGUCCCGUAGUUGGGCCCAUUGCUGGAGGAUUCAUUGCCGAGUACUCGACAUGGCGCUGGGUGUUCUGGUCAUCUAGUGCCGCCGCUGCAGUCAUCCAGAUCGUCGGCUUGUUUUGGCUGCGCGAGUCGCAUCCCGGCACCCUCCUGCAGAGGAAGAGAGACCGUCUUGCCAAAGAGACAGGCAAUAUUAAGCUUCACACAGGAAACAAGCCUGAGGAUGAGAACCUCCUCAGCAAACUCGGCCACGCCCUGGUACGACCGUUCCGUUUGUUCAUGACCCAACCGAUUAUCACAGUCAUUGCGCUAUACAUGGGCUAUCUCUUUGGGACGACAUAUCUCAUGUUGGCCACAUUCCCAGUGAUUUGGUCGGAGUUGUACAGUGAGACCCCAGGUAUUGGCGGGCUCAAUUAUGUUUCCAUCGCUAUCGGUUCGUUCGGGGGGAUUGUCCUUAACUUCUUCGUUAUCGAUCGCAUCUAUCGCAAUUUAAAAGCGAAAAACGGUGACGUUGGGCGGCCGGAGUUCCGCAUGCCGACGUUGUUUAUUGGAUCGAUCAUGAUCGCCAUUGGACUUUUCUGGUACGGCUGGAGCGUGCAGGCCCGCCUACACUGGAUCAUGCCCAAUAUCGGCGCCGUAAUCUUCUCGGCCGGCUGCAUGGGAUGUCUACAGGGGAUGCAGACCUACACAGUGGAUAGUUACCCGACAUACACAGCAAGUGCCAUGGCAGCCUGUGCGCUUCUGCGCAGUUUGGCCGGGUUUGCCUUUCCGCUCUUCGCUCCAUAUCUGUAUAAGGAUCUGGGCUAUGGAUGGGGAACCAGUGUCUUGGCCUUUAUCAGCAUUGGGGUCGGCAUUCCAUCGCCUUUUCUCUUUUGGUUUUUAGGGCCUAAGCUGCGGGCUAUGUCGAAAUAUGCCUCUGGUUAG